AUUUAUUUAUUUAUUUAUUUAUGAAAUCUGUUGCACAGCUAGGCUGAAAUUGGUAGGUUUAAGCAGCAGUAAAAAGUUUUAUGAAGUGAUUCAACUGAAAUCUGCUAAGUGCUACUAAAGAGCUCUCAACUAAGCUUCCGCAAUGUGAAUCGAGUAGGAUUGUGAUUUGACUUGUUCAAGAGUCCCGCAGCUGAACUUAACCUACUGAAGUUCCCAUGUUCUACCAAAACAGCUGUGCUAGGUUUUUUUUAAAAAAAACAACAACAACACUUUGCAGCAAAGUUUAUAUUUUUGUAUGUUUGUUUAAAUGCUGACGUUUGUUUCCCUUGCUUAAUCCAAACAGCGAAAAAAUGCUUGAUCUGCCUUGUGUCAGUGUGGCUGGAAUAAAAAAUCUAAGGACCUUUGCUUGCAUUCUCUCUUCUUCUUCUUUUUUAGCAUUUGUGAUUUAUGGAAUAAUUAAGUCAUCGGCUGUAGGAUAUCACACACUGUGACCUGGCUUUCAUGUAGCUCUAAGCCAAACUGUGGCUCAAUGUGAAAUUGUGAGUGUGCUGGCUCCAGAGUGGAGAUCACGGCCCCUACAUGUCUCCCUUGUUUCUCCUGCUGUUGCCCUGCCAUGAGCUAACCUUGGUUUGGCUGAACCUGCCAUGUGAACCUGCGCUUGUGGGUUGUCACACUCCAGAUAAACCACAAGCUAUAAAACACUGUCCAGUUUACGGCUUGUGAUUUGUCUGGAGAGGACAAACUGCAAACUUGGGUUUGGAUGACACCCUAUGUGAAACUGUGGCUAUGCUCAGCACCUGUGGUCUCUUGUCUAGGAACCCUCACGCAUUCUCACUAAGCCAUGGUUUGGCUUAGGGAUACAUGUGAACUGGGCCAUUCCUGCUUGAUCAUUAAACCAUGGUUAAUUGCGUUUGUGCCAUUCCACAGUCCUGUACUAGUGUCACUCUGGCAUAAAAUGGCAAUCUAUACUGUUACACUGCUAGGCUCUCUCACUGUUGUGUCUGAACACAAAUUAAACAAAUGGUGAAAUAUUUGUAAAGCACGGAUAGGUUACUUUUCAAUCCCUGCAUCUUUGAAGCAGUAAUUGUCUUAUAGUUGAACCCAUAAGUUAAUAUUUGAAUAGUAAAUUGAAAAUCUGUUAUCUCUCGAAUGACCGGAGAGCUUCCCAGAGUGAAAGGGGGGGGGGAGCCAGAGGUGUUAGCUUCAAAAAAUUCUGCCGUGUAGCCAUAAAACUCAUUAAUCCAGCAAUUACUGUGGCCAAAUUCAAGUGGUCUUUCCAGCCUUUCAGUAUGAGAACUCUGAAACAGGUACAUUUCUACAUGCAUAUCAUCUGCAGAAUAUUUUCUAAACCUAAGCACUAGUCCAAAUAUAUGACUGAAAUACCAUCCUAAUAUCUUGUUGAAGUGGUGUGUAUAUAAAUAGCUGACCAGGGCCAGUUGCUGCUGAACAGUGGCUGGGUGCUUUUGAAUCUGGUUUAUGCUUUCAAUUUCAGCACUGGACCAAAUAUUAAUAUUCAGGUUUUUAUUCCGUUCCUUGAUGAAAAUGGCAGCCAACAACGCAGUUUUGAACAGGCUGGAGCAGAAGGGCGCAGAAGCAGAUCAAGUUAUUGAAUACCUUAAGCAGCAAGUGGCUCUUCUAAAGGAAAAAGCCAUCUUGCAGGCAUCCCUGAGGGAAGAGAAGAAGCUUCGUGUAGAAAAUGCUAAACUGAAGAAAGAAAUUGAUGUGCUGAAACAAGAAUUGAUCCAGGCUGAAAUUCGGAAUGGAGUGAAACAAGUCUCUCUGCCACCCAGUGAAACACCUUCUGCAACAGCAUCCUUUUCAGAAGAAGUCUCUCAGCCCACCGCUGCUGCAGCAGCCCCACCUGGUCCUAAAGAGCAAAUUAAAGGAACAAAUGAAGAAAAGAAGAAAAAGGACAAGACGGAAAAGAAAGCAGAAAAGAAGGAGAAAAAACAGCAGUCAGCUGCGAGUGAUGACUCAAAACCUUUAGAUGUUUCUCGACUUGAUUUUCGAAUUGGUUGCAUCACAGCAGCAAAGAAGCACCCAGACGCUGAUACUUUGUACGUUGAGGAAGUUGACGUGGGAGAAACAAACCCUAGAACGGUUGUCAGUGGUCUAGUGAAACAUGUUCCUUUAGAAGAGAUGCAAAACCGGAUGGCAAUAUUUCUCUGUAACCUGAAGCCGGUGAAAAUGAGAGGAGUUUUGUCCCAAGCCAUGCUGAUGUGUGCUAGCACGCCAGAGAAGGUGGAGAUUCUAAUCCCUCCUAGUGGGGUUGUUCCUGGAGACAGAAUUACAUUUGAAGGUUUUCCUGGUGACCCUGAACGAGAACUUAACCCUAAGAAGAAAAUAUGGGAGCAGAUCCAGCCUGACCUUCAUACUGAUGGCCAAUGUGUUGCUACAUACAAAGGAGUGCCAUUUGAAGUGAGGGGGAAAGGGGUCUGCAGAGCUGCCACCAUGGCCAACAGUGGAAUCAAAUAAACAUUUAUCGGAUCUGCAAGUGCUCCAGGCCAUUUUUAAUGGAAAGCAAUGCAAACACAAUUAAAAACAAAUAAUUGCCUCACCCGAAA